AUGACGCCAAUAACAACACCGGCUACCGCUCCGCCCGAGAAGCUGUUGCCGGAACUCGGGGGCUUCGGAGUUACAACUGGAGAGGUGAUAAUAGCGCCGUCCGAAGUUGAGGUACCGUUAGCAGUGGUGGUAGAAGUUAAGAUUUCAGUGCUGUUGGUAUUUGGGGGUCCCGAGAUAGAUAUUGAUGAUGUUACUCUCGAGCUUCGAGCCGAAGUUGACGUUAUAAACGAUGAACUAUUUGGUGGCAGCGUUCCUGGUGGAUUAGUAGUUAUGGUUUCCGUCCCCCCAUUGCCUAGACUACUCGUAAAUCCAGGACUAGCAGAUGUUGUAGUCACCGUCAAGAUAUCUGUCUCAGUCGUUGUACUAAGAGAAGCCAUUUUAUUUUUUGCUAUCGGCCAGCAUGAACUCAGGGACAAGAAUACCGGCUGGCUCUAA